GCGGCGGCGGCGGCGGCGGCGGCGGCGGCGGGGCGGCCCGCGCCGAGUCCAGUCCGCGUUUUGCGAGUGCACGCGAGCGACCAGACCGAAGUGGAUAAUAGUUGCUCGGGCUCGCUCGGCUCCCUCGCAUGCCGGGCUGGGCCCGACAGGCUCGCUCAGUCGUGCAUUUACCCAUAUCCGGGUUAGAGAGGAAAAGAGAAAAGUUUCAUUUAAACCUGAACUAAAAACUUUGACCAUGAAAUCACACAGCGGGAGCAGGCCCAGACCGUAAGGCGUGACUCCCGGUUCGGCUCCGGCGGGGCCUGUGGAGGGGGAGGGGGCCCGCUCGCCUCCCGUCGGGGCGUGUGGAUGCGCACAGGAGGGGCCGCCGACUAAAAAGUGGGUUUUAUUGUCUCCCCCCGCCCCCCGCCCGGCCUCGCCACGCCGCGGCGAUCAUGGCCGCGCGGGCAGCAGCGGCGGCGGCGGCGGCGGCGGCGGCGCGGGCGCGGACGGGCAGCGGCGAGCGGCGGGCGCCCCCCGGGCCGCGGCCGGCGCCCGGGGCCCGGGACCUGGAGGCGGGGGCGCGCGGCGCGGCGGCGGCGGCGGCGGCGGCGGCGGCGGCGGCACCGGGACCCAUGCUGGGGGGCGGCGGCGACGGCGGCGGCCUGCAUAGUGUGCACCACCACCCCCUGCACCCCCGUCACGACCUGAACAUGGCCCAUAACGCGAGCACGGCGGCCGCCGCCGCCAGCUCUCACAGCGCCAAGAGCGGCGGCUCCGAGGCGGCUCUCAAGGAGGGUGGAAGCGCCGCCGCGCUGUCCUCCUCCUCCUCCUCCUCCGCGGCGGCGGCGGCGGCGGCGGCGGCGGCGGCGGCGGCGGCGGCGGCGUCCUCCUCUUCCUCCUCGUCGGGCCCGGGCUCGGCCAUGGAGACGGGGCUGCUCCCCAACCACAAACUGAAAACCGUUGGCGAAGCCCCCGCCGCAGCGCCCCACCAGCAGCACCACCACCACCACCAUGCCCACCACCACCACCACCAUGCCCACCACCUCCACCACCACCACCACGCACUACAGCAGCAGCUAAACCAGUUCCAGCAGCAGCAGCAGCAGCAACAGCAGCAGCAGCAACAGCAGCAGCAGCAGCAGCAGCAGCAGCAACAUCCCAUUUCCAACAACAACAGCCUCGGCGGCGCGGGCGGCGGCGCGGCUCAGCCCGGUCCCGACAUGGAGCAGCCGCAACAUGGAGGCGCCAAGGACAGUGCCGCGGGCAGCCAGGCCGACCCCCCGGGCCAGCCUCUGCUGAGCAAGCCGGGCGACGAGGACGACGCGCCGCCCAAGAUGGGGGAGCCGGCGGGCGGCCGGUUCGAGCACCCGGGCCUGGGCGCCCUGGGCGCGCAGCAGCAGCCGCCGGUCGCCGUUGGCGGCGGCGGCGGCGGCCCCGCGGCCGUCUCGGAGUUUAAUAAUUACUAUGGCAGCGCUGCCCCUGCUAGCGGCGGCCCCGGCGGCCGCACUGGGCCUUGCUUUGAUCAACAUGGCGGACAACAAAGCCCCGGGAUGGGGAUGAUGCAUUCCGCCCCAGCCGCCGCCGGGGCCCCCAACAGCAUGGACCCCCUGCAGAACUCCCACGAAGGGUACCCCAGCAGCCAGUACAACCAUUAUCCGGGCUACAGCCGGCCCAGCGCGGGCGGCGGCGGCGGCGGCGGCGGCGGCGGCGGAGGAGGAGGAGGAGGAGGAGGAGGCAGCGGAGGAGGAGGAGGAGGAGGAGGAGGAGCAGGAGCGGGAGCUGUGGCGGCGGCGGCCGCGGCGGCGGCGGCAGCAGCAGCAGCAGGAGGCGGCGGCGGCGGCGGCGGCGGCGGCGGCGGCGGCGGCGGCUAUGGGGGCUCGUCCUCGGGGUACGGGGUGCUGAGCUCCCCCCGGCAGCAGGGCGGCGGCAUGAUGAUGGGCCCCGGGGGCGGCGGGGCCGCGAGCCUCAGCAAGGCGGCCGCCGGCGCGGCGGCUGGGGGCUUCCAGCGCUUCGCCGGGCAGAACCAGCACCCGUCGGGGGCCACCCCGACCCUCAACCAGCUGCUCACCUCGCCCAGCCCCAUGAUGAGGAGCUACGGCGGCAGCUACCCCGACUACAGCAGCCCCAGCGCGCCGCCGCCGCCGCCGCCGUCGCAGCCCCAGUCCCAGGCGGCGGCGGCGGCGGCGGCGGCGGCGGCGGCGGGGGCGGCGGCGGGCGGCCAGCAGGCGGCCGCGGGCAUGGGCUUGGGCAAGGACAUGGGCGCCCAGUACGCCGCUGCCAGCCCGGCCUGGGCGGCCGCGCAACAAAGGAGCCACCCGGCGAUGAGCCCCGGCACCCCCGGCCCGGCCAUGGGCAGAUCCCAGGGCAGCCCAAUGGAUCCUAUGGUGAUGAAGAGACCUCAGUUGUAUGGGAUGGGCAGUAACCCUCAUUCUCAGCCUCAGCAAAGCAGCCCUUACCCAGGAGGCUCUUACGGCCCACCAGGCCCACAACGGUAUCCAAUCAGCAUCCAGGGUCGGACCCCAGGGGCCAUGGGAGGAAUGCAGUACCCACAGCAGCAGAUGCCACCUCAGUAUGGACAGCAAGGUGUGAGUGGUUACUGCCAGCAGGGCCAGCAGCCUUACUACAACCAGCAGCCACAGCCUCCGCAUCUCCCUCCGCAGGCCCAGUACCUGCCAUCCCAGUCCCAGCAAAGGUACCAGCCACAGCAGGACAUGUCUCAGGAAGGCUAUGGAACUAGGUCUCAACCUCCUUUGGCUCCUGGAAAACCUAACCAUGAAGACUUGAACUUAAUACAACAAGAAAGACCAUCAAGUUUACCAGACCUGUCUGGCUCCAUCGAUGACCUCCCCACGGGAACGGAGGCCACCCUGAGCUCAGCAGUCAGUGCAUCGGGGUCCACGAGCAGCCAAGGGGAUCAAAGCAACCCGGCUCAAUCACCUUUCUCUCCACACGCAUCCCCCCAUCUCUCCAGCAUCCCUGGGGGCCCAUCGCCUUCUCCUGUUGGCUCUCCUGUGGGAAGUAACCAGUCACGAUCUGGCCCGAUUUCUCCUGCAAGUAUUCCAGGCAGUCAGAUGCCUCCUCAGCCACCUGGGAGCCAGUCAGAAUCCAGUUCCCAUCCUGCCUUGAGCCAGUCACCAAUGCCACAGGAAAGAGGUUUUAUGGCAGGCACACAAAGAAACCCUCAGAUGUCUCAGUAUGGACCUCAACAGACAGGACCAUCCAUGUCGCCUCAUCCUUCUCCUGGAGGCCAGAUGCAUCCUGGAAUCAGUAGCUUUCAGCAGAGUAACUCAAGUGGGACUUAUGGUCCACAGAUGAGCCAGUAUGGACCACAAGGUAACUACUCCAGACCCCCAACGUAUAGUGGGGUGCCCAGUGCAAGCUACAGUGGCCCAGGGCCCGGCAUGGGCAUCAAUGCCAACAACCAGAUGCAUGGACAGGGGCCAAGCCAGCCAUGUGGUGCGAUGCCCCUGGGACGAAUGCCAUCAGCUGGGAUGCAGAACAGACCGUUUCCUGGAAAUAUGAGCAGCAUGACCCCCAGUUCUCCUGGCAUGUCUCAGCAGGGAGGGCCAGGAAUGGGGCCACCGAUGCCGACCGUGAACCGUAAGGCACAGGAGGCAGCCGCCGCAGUGAUGCAGGCUGCUGCAAACUCGGCGCAGAGCAGGCAAGGCAGUUUUCCCGGCAUGAAUCAGAGUGGACUUAUGGCUUCCAGCUCUCCCUACAGCCAGCCUGUGAACAACAGCUCUGGGCUGAUGAAUACCCAGGCACCCCCCUACAGCAUGACGCCCAAUAUGGUGAACAGCUCAGCAGCAUCUAUGGGUCUUGCAGAUAUGAUGUCUCCCGGGGAAUCCAAAUUGCCCAUGCCUCUCAAAGCCGACGGUAAAGAAGAAGGCGCUCCGCAGCCUGAGAGCAAGUCGAAGGAUAGCUACAGCUCUCAGGGUAUUUCUCAGCCCCCAACCCCCGGCAACCUGCCAGUCCCUUCCCCAAUGUCCCCCAGCUCUGCUAGCAUCUCCUCAUUUCAUGGAGAUGAAAGUGAUAGCAUUAGCAGCCCAGGCUGGCCAAAGACUCCAUCAAGCCCUAAGUCCAGCUCAUCCACCACUACUGGGGAAAAGAUCACAAAGGUGUAUGAGUUGGGGAAUGAGCCAGAGCGGAAGCUAUGGGUCGACAGAUACCUUACCUUCAUGGAAGAGCGAGGCUCCCCUGUCUCAAGUCUGCCUGCAGUGGGCAAGAAGCCCUUGGACCUGUUCCGGCUGUAUGUCUGCGUCAAAGAGAUUGGAGGUUUGGCACAGGUUAAUAAAAACAAGAAGUGGCGUGAGCUGGCAACCAACCUAAAUGUUGGCACUUCAAGCAGUGCAGCGAGCUCCCUGAAAAAGCAGUAUAUUCAGUACCUGUUUGCCUUUGAGUGCAAGAUCGAGCGCGGGGAGGAGCCCCCGCCGGAAGUCUUCAGCACCACGGACACCAAGAAGCAGCCCAAGCUCCAGCCGCCCUCUCCUGCUAACUCAGGAUCCUUGCAAGGUCCACAGACCCCCCAGUCAACUGGCAGUAACUCGAUGGCAGAGGUUCCAGGUGACCUGAAGCCACCGACCCCAGCCUCCACCCCUCACGGACAGAUGACCCCGAUGCAAGGUGGAAGAAGCAGUACAGUCAGUGUGCACGACCCAUUCUCAGAUGCCAGUGAUUCAUCAUUCCCAAAACGGAACUCCAUGACUCCAAGCACCCCAUACCAGCAGGGCAUGAGCAUGCCUGAUGUGAUGGGAAGGAUGCCCUAUGAACCCAACAAAGACCCCUUUGGUGGAAUGAGAAAAGUGCCUGGAAGCAGUGAGCCCUUCAUGACUCAAGGACAGAUGCCCACUAGCAGUAUGCAGGACAUGUAUAACCAAAGUCCCUCUGGCGCGAUGUCCAGCCUGGGCAUGGGGCAGCGGCAGCAGUUUCCCUACGGAGCCAGUUAUGAUCGAAGGCAUGAACCUUAUGGGCAGCAGUACCCAGGCCAAGGCCCUCCCUCAGGACAGCCGCCAUAUGGAGGACACCAGCCCGGCCUGUAUCCACAGCAGCCGAAUUACAAACGCCAUAUGGACGGCAUGUAUGGGCCUCCAGCCAAACGCCACGAGGGAGACAUGUACAACAUGCAGUAUGGCAACCAACAGCAAGAGAUGUAUAACCAGUAUGGGAGCUCUUACUCCGGACCAGACAGGAGGCCCAUCCAGGGACAGUAUCCAUACCCCUACAACAGAGAGAGGAUGCAGGGCCCCGGGCAAAUACAGCCCCACGGGAUCCCGCCUCAGAUGAUGGGUGGUCCGAUGCAGUCGUCCUCCAGCGAGGGGCCUCAGCAGAGCAUGUGGGCGACACGCAACGAUAUGCCUUAUCCCUACCAGAAUAGGCAAGGCCCCGGCGGCCCCGCCCAGGCACCUCCUUAUCCAGGCAUGAACCGCACGGAUGAUAUGAUGGUACCUGAUCAAAGGAUAAAUCACGAGAGCCAGUGGCCUUCUCACGUCAGCCAACGUCAGCCUUAUAUGUCCUCUCCCGCCUCCAUGCAGCCCAUCACGCGCCCACCUCAGUCAUCCUACCAGACGCCGCCAUCACUGCCAAAUCACAUCUCCAGAGCCCCCAGCCCCGCCUCCUUCCAGCGCUCCCUGGAGAGCCGCAUGUCUCCAAGCAAGUCUCCCUUUCUGCCAUCUCUGAAGAUGCAGAAGGUUCUGCCCACCGUCCCCACGCCCCAGGUCACAGGGCCGCCCCCCCAGCCACCCCCCAUCAGAAGGGAGAUCACCUUUCCUCCUGGCUCAGUCGAGGCGUCGCAGCCAGUCUUGAAACAAAGGCGGAAGAUUACCUCAAAAGAUAUCGUUACUCCUGAGGCUUGGCGUGUGAUGAUGUCCCUUAAGUCAGGUCUUCUGGCUGAAAGUACUUGGGCUCUGGACACUAUUAACAUUCUCCUGUACGAUGACAGCACCGUCGCUACCUUCAGUCUCUCCCAGUUGUCUGGAUUUCUCGAACUUUUAGUAGAGUACUUUAGGAAAUGCCUAAUUGACAUCUUUGGAAUUCUGAUGGAAUACGAGGUGGGAGACCCCAGCCAGAAAGCACUAGAUCACAAUGCAGUGAAGAGAGAAGAUGGCCAGUCGUCGGCUGACGAUUCUGGGAAAGAGGAGGAUGACACCGAGUGCGUGGAUGAAGAGGAUGAGGAGGAUGAGGACGAGGAGGACAGUGGGAAGCCAGAGACGGAGAGGAGCAGCGUGACUCUGGCCUCUCCCACUGCCCCCGCAGAUCCAAAGGAGAAGCCCCGGCAGGCCAGUAAGUUCGACAAGCUGCCCAUAAAGAUAGUCAAAAAGAACAACCUGUUUGUCAUCGACCGGUCGGACAAGCUGGGUCGCGUCCAGGAGUUCAACAGUGGGCUUCUCCACUGGCAGCUCGGUGGCGGCGACACCACCGAGCACAUCCAGACUCACUUUGAGAGCAAGAUGGAAAUCCCUCCUCGUAGGCGUCCUCCUCCUGCUCUAAGCUCCGCAGGUAGGAAGAGAGAGCAAGAAGGAAGAGGGGAGGCCGAGGAGCAGCAAGAGAAAAGCAUCAUCGCAACCAUUGACGAUGUCCUGUCUGCUCGGCCGGGGGCGCUGCCUGAAGACACAAACCCCAGCACGCAGACGGAGAGCGGUAAGUUCCCCUUUGGGAUACAUCAAGCCAAAAGUCACCGGAACAUCAAGCUGCUGGAGGACGAGCCAAGGAGCCGAGACGAGACUCCUCUCUGCACCAUCGCUCACUGGCAGGAUUCCCUGGCCAAGCGCUGUAUCUGUGUGUCCAAUAUUGUCCGUAGCUUGUCUUUUGUGCCUGGCAACGACGCCGAGAUGUCCAAACAUCCAGGCUUGGUGCUGAUCCUGGGGAAGCUGAUUCUUCUUCACCACGAGCAUCCGGAGAGGAAGCGAGCGCCGCAGACCUAUGAGAAAGAGGAAGAUGAGGACAAAGGGGUGGCCUGCAGCAAGGAUGAGUGGUGGUGGGACUGCCUGGAGGUCUUAAGGGACAACACGUUAGUCACAUUGGCCAACAUUUCUGGGCAGCUAGACUUGUCUGCUUAUACAGAGAGCAUCUGCUUGCCGAUUUUGGAUGGCUUGCUGCACUGGAUGGUGUGCCCGUCUGCAGAGGCACAAGACCCCUUUCCAACGGUGGGACCCAACUCUGUCCUGUCGCCACAGAGACUCGUCCUGGAGACCCUCUGUAAACUCAGUAUCCAGGACAACAAUGUGGACCUGAUCUUGGCCACGCCUCCAUUUAGUCGUCAGGAGAAAUUCUAUGCGACGUUAGUUAGGUACGUUGGGGAUCGCAAAAACCCAGUCUGUCGAGAAAUGUCCAUGGCUCUCUUAUCGAACCUUGCCCAAGGGGACGCACUGGCGGCAAGGGCGAUAGCCGUGCAGAAAGGGAGCAUUGGAAACUUGAUAAGCUUCCUAGAGGAUGGGGUCACCAUGGCCCAGUAUCAGCAGAGCCAGCAUAACCUCCUGCACAUGCAGCCCCCGCCUCUAGAACCACCUAGCGUGGACAUGAUGUGCAGGGCGGCCAAGGCUCUGCUGGCCAUGGCCAGGGUGGACGAGAACCGCUCGGAAUUCCUUCUGCACGAGGGCCGGUUGCUGGAUAUCUCGAUAUCAGCCGUCCUGAACUCUCUGGUGGCGUCUGUCAUCUGUGAUGUACUGUUUCAGAUCGGGCAGUUAUGACACCCGUGAGAAGGCAGCAUGUGUGAGUGAAGACUAGAGGCUCCCGUAUAACUGGCUGUUUUCUGUUCUUUAUCCAGCGUAGGAAGAAGGAAAAGAAAAUCUCUGCUCCUCUGCCCCAGUCACUAUUUACCAAUUGGGAAUUAAAGAAAUAAUUAAUUCGAACAGUUAUGAAAUUAAUAUUUGCUGUCUGUGUGUAUAAGUACAUCCUUUGGGGGGUUUUUAUUUUGUUUUUGUUUUUGUUUUUUUUUUUAACCAAAGUUGCUGUCUAGUACAUUCAAAGGUCACUUUUUGUUUUUCACAGAUUUUCUUUUUAAUGUUCUUUUCCAUGUUGUAUUGCAUUUUUUUGGUUUUUUUUGGGAAGCAAAUUGACUUUAAAAAAAUUGUGGCAAAAGAUGCUAAGAUGGGAAAAUUUCACCACACUGAGGCAAAAAGGUGAAAAAUUAUCAACUUCUAGGCAUGUUAUUCUUCAGAUAAUGAAAAAAAAAAAAAACUGUAUCCCAUCGCCCAAAGCUCUGUGCAAUAGAAACUUCUAGAGAUGUAGGAAUAGGGGCUCAAGGAGGUGUGUCAGUCAGUAGUCAAACUAUAAAAUGAUACUGGUUUCUCCACAGAAAAAUGGUUACAUGAGGCUAGGAGCAAAACCAAUGUUUUUUUAAGUUAAGAUUGAAAAUAUAUACGUGACAACGAUCAACGGAAACUGCUUCCUCACCACUACCGUCAUGUCUGCUGUCUGUCAUUUGCCUUCCACAUGGCAGUUCUUCACAAUUCCUUUAAUCAUUUUUUAAAUAUUUUUUUUUACUGCCUAUGGGCUGUGAUGUAUAUAGAAGUUGUACAUUAAACAUACCCUCAUUUUUUCUUUUCUUUUCUUUUUUUUUUUUUUAGUACAAAGUUUUUAGUUUCUUUUUCAUGAUGUGGUAACUACGAAGUGAUGGUAGAUUUAAAUAAUUUUUUAUUUUUAUUUUAUAUAUUUUUUCAUUAGGGCCAUAUCUCCAAAAAAAAAAAAAAAAGAAAGAAAAAAUACAAAAAACAAAAACAAACAAAAAAAAAACCACAAAAAAAAAGAGGGUAAUGUACAAGUUUCUGUAUGUAUAAAGUCAUGCUCUAUUUCGGGAGAGCAGCUGAUCACAAUUUGCUUCAUGAAUCAAGGUGUGGAAAUGGUUGCAUAUGGAUUGAUUUAGACUAUGGUUACCAGUACAGACAAAAAGGAAAAAAUACAGCUAAAAGGAAGAAACACAACUUCAAAGAUUUUUCAGUGACGAGAAUCCACAUUUGUAUUUCAAGAUAAUGUAGUUUAAAAAAAAAAAAGAAAAAAACUUGAUGUAAAUUCCUCCUUUUCCUCUGGCUUAAUGAAUAUCAUUUAUUCAGUAUAAAAUCUUUAUAUGUUCCACAUGUUAAGAAUAAAUGUACAUUAAAUCUUGUUAAGCACUGUGAUGGGUGUUCUUGAAUACUGUUUUAGUUCCUUCCAGUGGUUUCAUAGUAACCAAGUUGUUCACAAGAACUAGGGGGAACCCAGCUGUGUACUAACAUAGUCCUCAUCACCAAACCCGGAGGUCGGGAGGGACCUUUAGGGGAUCAUCUGCUUUAGAGUGGGGAGCAACGGUUUGAUUUUCUCAAAGUAUUUAGCGAAUUAGUCUUUGAAGCAAUCAACUCUAAGACACUGAGGCAUGAGAAUGUUCGGUGUAUAUGGGAGAUGGCUGCCAGCCCAGGAGCUCACUGGCCUGACGAUGUAACACUCUGCCUUUUACUAACCUACCAUCUUGAUUUUAAUCAGAGUUCAAUCUAGUCCAUGUUUUUUCUGUGUGCCUCAGAGGUAUUUCGCAUUUAGUUAACUCCACGUGUAUAAUAUUUAUAUUGUGCAAUGUUAAAAAAGAAUAUGUUAUAUUGUAUGUGGUGUACAUAGUGCAAAGUGAUUAUUUCUAUUUCAGGGCAUAUUAAUAUUCUCAUAUUCCUUCCUACCUGGUGCACAGUAGCUUUUUAAUACUAGUCACUUCUAAUUUAAACUCUUUCUUCCUGGGUCCUUGACUGUUAUUGUGUGACACUCAAUUUCUUUGAAACUGCUGCAGAAUUAAGUGGUUAGUGGACACCCUUCUGACUCUACCUCUUCACCACCCCACCAGUCCCAGCACACUCAAACACCCCAAGUCCUCUCGCCAGACCGUUGCCCAGGGUCGUGCACAGAAGAGUCAGACCAGACAGAGCACGCAGCUGCGACCAGUGUGUGAAACGUGACUCUAGUGUCAUGAGAACCCGAUUUUUCUGCGAGCAGUGUCCUCCCUCAUCUGUCAACCCCCACAUUACUCACACAAUCUUCGUACUUAACAAUGCAGCCAAAUAUAUGUUGAAUUUAAAAAACCCAUUUAUAACUCUACUUUAAAUACAUCUGCUUGCUAAGAACAGAUUUUAGUGCUCUGAGCUUCAAAUACGAAGAUUUGUACCAGGGAACUCGGUAGGAGUCUAACUGCUCUCUUACAGAGCAUGAAUACAAGGUGUAUACAGACUCUGAAGUCAUCUAAUACCCCGAUUCUUUUGUCAUUCAAAAAAGUAAAAUCAUUACAAAAGACUGUUGUUGUCAUGGUUUGAGUUGUAAUCAAUACCUAGAGUCUGACCAUUGAGCAACAAGUUUUUACAUACUGAUAUGCAAUGUAACCUCUAGAAUAAUCCAGGAAGACUUUAGCAUCCUUUCUACAUUCACCCCAGAAUCAAGACUGCAGAAGCCCACGAAGAAUUUACAGCCUGCCUGAGAUCAUCCUGCCUACAAACUGAGUUAUUGCUUUGUCCUAAAAAUUAGUUGUUUUUUUUUCCCCUAAGAGGCUUUUCAGAAAUUUACAGGAUGCCCGUACUUUAAAUGUGUACAAAAAGAAAAAAAAAAGAUAAAAAUAAAGGUGCAAAGAAAGUUUA